AAAUGCCAACAAAAUGCCGCAUUGUAUGUCCACGAGAGCAUGCGACUAUUGAAAAGAAAUCCGAGCGAAGAAGGGAGAGGGAAGUAAAGAAGGAAAGGAAGAGAGAACCCAGAGAGCCAUCAAAAGAUCGUGAACAGUUGCGUAGAGAGUUAGAAAAUGCGCCGGAAGAGAGGGCAGUGCCGGCGCCUCCGCUAGUUCCACCAGCAGCCAAGAAGCCGCCAGGUUGCGUAGACAAAUCGGUUGACAAGACUGAUGAACCGCAAGACGGCGGCGCUGGUCUUGGCGCUUAUCCCUCUAAGUAUUUGGGUUUGUCAUGUUCCGCUGAUAAAAAAACGUCAGGAGAACCAUGUGUGGAGAAACGACCCUGUUCACUAUCUAUGUUUCCCUUUCCAAGGAUACGACAACGAGAAACGACCGUCGAACCGCUACCGCCGCCGGCGCCAGCCGUAACAGAGCCCGAACAACCUUGUCACCCAGUUGAAGAGAAACGUUUGCCUUGUCACGAAAGGGAGGAGUACACACCACGCGAGCCGUUUACACAACCCAAACCGCCAGACAUAACCAAAGAAAUUAUUGCACAUCAGUGUAAUCGCAUACACAAUUUGGAGUUACAAGUGAACGAACUACGCCGCGAGCUACGCAGAAUGCGCACUGAAAUUAUACCGCCCGACGAUAUGUUGCGCUGCACCACGCUCACCGCUAAACUGCGUGAACUCACUUCACUGCUUGCCGAUUUGAAGAAUCGUCAUGCGGAGGCGAUAGCAGAAGUUAUUAGGGCGCAAAAGCAAGCAAGCCAAGUUGACAAAUGCGAAACAGCUGCAGAGCCAACUGUGGUUACGCGCGCACCACAACCACCACGUCCACAAAUGAAGGCGGAGACAGUGCAAACUUGCUUCACUGUCGAUCACACCGAUAAGCUCUCACAAACCAAUGCCACUUUCGGCUGGCGCCCCUUCAUCGAUGAGGCCACACAAAGUUCGCCACCAUCAACCGUCCCUGUGACACCGAAGAAUACAUCAAGCGUGCCGGCAAGCAGCCACACCAGCUCCGCGCCCAGUUCUAUUCUACCCUGUGGGCAUGACACUGGUGCGUUCCCACUAAAGGAGUCGCCCAGCUUUUGCCCCUACUGUCAGUGCAGCGAGUAUCCAUGUUGCACUUAUGUCGAGCGGAAUCUUUAUGGUGAAAUUAUGAGACUGCUUGAAGACCACGCGCCACGCGAUAUAUUGUUGUCGGUGCUGUUGCAACCGAACAAUCUCUACCAUAUAAAUAUCACAGUGACCAGCACCGGUGAGCCAUUGGGUUGUAUCUACGCCACGGAGCGCGCCAUCAAUGAGGCUGUCGAGGCGGAAGUCUUUGAAAGAUUUUUGACAUUCUUCAUAGUGGAUGCGCGUAUUUCGGUGCAGCAGAAGGAUAAAAUUCUGGCGCAUACUUUUGAGUUUUUCAAAAACUAG